AUCAAAACUUGCUGUACGCAGUUUUUGUUGGUUUUUUUUUUCAUUAUUAUCAAUGACACAAUAAACAGCUGUUUUCAACUUUCGCAUGCGCAUUUUUAAUAUAUAUUUUAUGCAUUUGUUAGAAAAAUAUUUACUUUGAGAAAGAAAGAGUUACAUACGUCAUGGCAUCCAACAAAAGUGUCACUGUUCUUGCUCCAAAUGGUAGAAGACAAACUGUCAAAAUUACACCAAAUUCAACAAUUCUCCAGAUCUUGGAAGAAGUUUGUCAAAAACAGGGAUACAGCUCAAAAAGAUGGGACAUAAAACAUUUUAAUAAAGUAUUGGAUGCAAAUUCAAUAAUGCGUUUUACUGGUUUACCAAAUAAUGCAACAUUAGAAAUGGCACCAAGAUCAAAUGAUCGUGAAAUGUCAAUUGUUAAAAUUGGUGUACAACUUGAAAAUGGACAACGUGUUAUGGGUGAUUUUGCACCUGACACAAGUUUAAUGGAUAUUGUUAAAAAUUUAUGUCCAAAUGAAGAGUCUGAUAAUACUGUGAUAACAUACAUGCAUCAAGAAGUUCAUGGAAGAGAUAAACUCAGUGAAAUGACACUUCAAUCACUUGGUUUAAAUGAUGGAAGAGCAAUGCUACGUCUUCUUCAUCGUGAUUUGGAUAAAUUAAAUACACAAGCACAUGUUGCUGGUCAAUUAAAUUCAAAACCAUCAAAUAAAUCAAAUGACAGUAGAACAAGUAAAGCUGCUAAAAAAGCAACAAACAUGGCACAAAAUGUAACAUCACAAAUUAAAAAAGCACUUGAUCCAAUAACAACGUUAAAAAAUGAAAAAGGUAAUAAUAGUAAUAAUAAUAAUGGUAAAAAUAAAAAUUUUCCAAAAAGUGGUGGACAUAAAUUGGGUGAAGGACCAAGUGGUAGUUCUAUUGUUAAUAAAUCAAAAGUAUUACAAGAAAAAUCGCAGCCAAUAAUUAAAGAAAACAAGAAUGAAGUUAUGGAUUGUGUUGAAGCAACUGAAGCUAAUAUAUUAUCACAAGAAAUUGAAGACACAAUGGAAUAUAUUGGUGAAAGAAAUGCAUUGAUAUUUAGUCAAGAAGGUGCUAGAGCAGUACCACGUGAAGAUUUACCAGAUAAUUUUUUUGAUUUAACUGUUGAUGAUGCUAAAGUAUUAAUUCGUGAUGCAAAACGUCAACGUGAUAAUCUUGAAGGUGGUCCAUUAAUGACAAAUGCACUUAGAGAACUUGAAAAAAGUACAACAACAUUAAAAAAAUUAAAUAAAUAUCGUAAAACAAUUAUAAGAAUACAAUUUCCAAAUAAAAUGGUACUUCAAGCUAUUUUUACACCACUUGAAACAGUACAAAUUGUCAAAGAUUUUGUUAAAAAUUAUUUAGCUAAUCCUGAACAAUCAUUUGAUCUUUAUGUAACACCACCUAAAAAAAAUUUAAAUCCACAAAGUCGUUUAGUUGAUGAAAAUUUAGUUCCAUCAGCAAUUAUAUAUUAUUCUGGUAUAUCAGAAUUAAAAUCAGAAUUAAAAAAUAAAUGUAUUGAUCCAAAUGUUGCAAGUAAACAAGCAAUUAAAUCAAGAAUGGCAAUGACUCGUGCCAAUAAAAAUACAAGCAUUGAAUCAGAAGUCAGUGAUGAAAAUAUUACAACUAAUUUAUCAUCUCCAGGUGAAACUAGCACAAGCAGUAUGAGCAGUAUGACCAAUACUUUACAAGAAAAUGCAACUAAAAUAACAGCAUAUGCACCAAAAUGGUUUAAACGAGCAUUUAAAUAAAAAAUUUCAACUUUAUUUUCUAUAA